UGCUGUGUUUGUUAGCCUCACCAUUUUAACCGCGCAGUCUUGCUGUCAGCCGUCAGAUUGUUCUUAUCCCCACCUUACACUGUUUAAACCCAGGUCUGGCUCACUUCAUGUUGUCCCCAUUUCUGAGAUAGAGCGAGGUCAGGGAAACGCUAAGGGUCUGGAUCACCAAACCCAAACACACACACACACACACACACACACACACAGAGGGAUGGUGACGGACCUGGAUAUGUUUUGCAUGCUGCUCACAGACGAGGAGUGAAUGACAAGUGAGGGUGAAGAGGACAUUCAAGGACAUGUUGCAGCACCUUGAGCCCGAGGUUACGGGCAGAGUCGCCGACGCUGUGUUCAGUUGCGAUCCCCGUGUCCGUUUGGAGCACUGAAAGUGUCAGUGUGAUAGCAGGGGAAGCCAGUCCCGCUGCUUUCUCAGGCUGCGCAUUUAAAGGGAAGAGACUCUGCCUCAGAAAAAUGGCAUCUUCACCAAUUAAAACAACAUACCCCUCAAAGAAGAGAGUGAAAAUCCACCCAAAUACAGUGACAGUGAAAUACACAGCACAUUACCCACAGCCUGAAGAAGAGGGCUAUGAAGACACAUACCUAGAUAGUGAAAAUUAUGUUGAAGAUAACCCAAAGAAAAAACUUCUGGAUGACACUAAAAAACAAGGAAGAACCUAUUCUGGGACAGUUGAUGUUCGUCAGAGUUUAUCGGAAGAACAGAAAGAUAAAGGGAUGGGACAACAGACAGAAAAUACUGGACAAAAUAUGGUUUCUGAGCCAAGAAUAACCUGGGUAGCUCUGUUUGGAGCUGCCUUAGCACAUGGCUGUGUUGCUUUAAUUACUCGUCUUGCUGCUGAUCAGUCCAAAGUACCAUCACUGGAGCUUCUCUUCAUUCGUUCUGUGCUGCAGAUUUUUGCUGUUGUGGUUGUCUGCUAUGGAAAUGAGCAUCCUCUUGGACCCAAAGGAUAUAGAAUGGGUCUGUUUCUGUAUGGAGUAUGCAAUGUCAUUUCCAUCACCUGCGCCUACACCUCCUUUGCAAUUGUGCCCCCUAGCAAUGGGACCAUUAUGUGGAGAGCCACUACCACAGUGUUCAGUGCCAUUCUGGCCUUUCUACUGGUAGAUGAAUGCAUGGACUACACUGACAUUGUCACUGUGGUCUGCAGUGUCUUUGGCCUUUGCCUAGUAAUGAUCCCCAACAUUGUUGAUGAAGAUAAUUCAUUAGUGGGCCUUUGGAAGGAAGCCUUUGGCUAUACCAUGACAGUAAUGGCUGGGUUGACCACAGCUCUGGCUAUGAUCAUUUACAGAGCUAUCAAAGAAAAAAUUAGCAUGUGGACUGCUCUCUUCACCUUUGGAUGGACAGGUACAAUUUGGGGUGCAUCCACAAUGUUUAUCUUACAAGAGCCUAUUAUCCCAUUGGAUGGAGAAACCUGGGGGUAUUUAUUGGGGAUCUGUAUCUGUUCUACUGUGGCUUUCUUAGGUGUAUAUUAUGCACUGAAUCGAUUCCACCCAGCAUUAGUUAGCACAGUCCAACACUUAGAGAUCGUAGUGGCUAUGAUCCUCCAGUUACUUGUCCUUCAUAUGUUUCCAAGCAUGUACGAUCUUAUUGGUGGAUCAGUCAUCAUUUUCAGUGUCUUCGCACUGACCGCUUAUAAGCUUUAUUGGGUCAACCGUCAUAGCAGACAGGAUUACCUGGAGAUAACAAAUUCCCCCAUCAAAUGAAUGUUAAUAAUGUAUUAAAUAAGUAGAAGAUUAAAUGUGAGCAGGCAACUCUAUAAAUGUCAACUGUGCAAUAUUCCUGUAUUGUGGUGUUGAAAGACAGUCAGUUGCUGUUACUUUUCUGAAUGU